UGCGUGUGUCCGCCCUCUUUGGCGUGUGUGUGUGUGUGUUUGUGUGUGUCGGGCUGCUCUCAGUCAUCAGACGGCGUGGACACGUGCGGGUGAGCGCGCGCUCUCCUCUUGCCAAAAAGUGGAUGCGUGGUACCGGUGGACAAAAAGUGGAUGGUACCGGUGGACUUGACGGUGUGCGAGCGUGCGUGUGAACACGGUGAGGGGUCAUGGAGGAGCGUGCGCGCUUCAAGAGGAGAAAACAAGCGAACCCGCGCAGGAAGAACGUGUUGAACGAUGAGGAGAGCGGCCUCAGUCGUGGCAGCAGAGGAGGAGGAGGCAGCGAGGAAGACGAGACACCGGACGCAUCUCCCCGGGUUGGCCACGCCCUUCUGCUCGAUGACGGGUCAGAGGUCAGCCGCAGCUGGAGGCUCGGUGACGGCACGGAGCAUUUUGUCAGCGGACGUCCGGCGGACGAGAGCCUCUGUCACCCGGCGACCAUCGCCGAGUACCUCGAGCGCAGCGACACUGCAAUCAUUUACCCAGAAGCCCCCGAGGAGCUGACGCCGCUGAGCACGCCUGAGGGCGCCAGUCACGACGAAGGCGAACACGAUCUGGCCGCCAGCGACUCGGCCGGGCUGCUCACGUGCCCCUUCUGCGAGCGCGGCUACAAGCGCGUGGCGCCCCUCAAGGAGCACAUCAGGUUUCGCCACCGGAAGGGGGCGGAGCUCUUUGCCUGUCGACUGUGUGCUGACACCUUCAGCGAGCGUGCGCAGCUGCAGCGUCACAUGACCGCUCACCAGCCUAUCCCGGAGAAGAUUCUCAACGAUGUCGCCGGAAACCGAAAGUUCAAGUGUAGCGAAUGUGGAAAAGCCUUUAAGUACAAGCAUCACCUGAAGGAACACCUGCGCAUCCACAGCGGUGAAAAACCUUACGAGUGCUCCAACUGCAAGAAGCGCUUCUCCCACUCGGGCUCUUACAGUUCCCACAUCAGCAGCAAGAAAUGCAUCGGACUGCUUGUUCUCAACGGGCGGGCACAAAACAAGGCUGGCUCCUCUCCAAAAUGCUCAACCUCAUCCUCCGAUAGCCCCGCCCUUGCACAUCUCCGCCACAAGCUGGAAAAUGGCCAACUACACCAGCAAAAUCGUCUUGACAAGUCAGAGGUGAUGGACAUGCAUGAGUACAGGCUUCUGAUGGCCUCUCAACAUAGGUUUGGGGGAUCUGAUGUUUAUUCAAACAGCUUUCGAGAAAACCCCAUGAGCAUCCAGUCCUCCUCACAUAGCCCCCUUCAACCUCUGGCAGGAUUAGGCAUGGACUUGCUUCUACCAGGUACCCUUGGGAGCCUGAAUGAUGUGCAGAAGGUCCUUCAGAUGGUGGACAGCACAAUGUGCAGGCAAAACAUGGACAAGAACCCAGAGCAGGUCUCCAAGCUCAGAGCCUACAUGAAGGAGAUUGGGGCCCAGAUGGAGGAGCAGAUCAUUCAGCAGGCUGAGGACCCAAGCAGCCCCAUUAAGAGCAUCAUUGACUACACCCUGGAAAUGGUUAGUGAGGCAAAGAGUGUGAUGGAUGACUCCAGGCUACAACUGGAAACCGUCAUGAAGCAGCAGACAAACCAGACCAAGGAGCUGGGCAGCAAAGAGCAAUCCUCCAACAGCCAGAACCGUCCAGUUCCAUACUCUUGCCAUUUCUGCAAGGAGACCUUCCCAGGACCCAUUCCACUGCAUCAGCACGAGCGUUACCUUUGCAAAAUGAAUGAAGAGAUCCAAGCAGUCCUGCAGCCAGCCCAGCCCAUCCUGAGCAGCCAUCAAGGGCUGGAGUCCUCAGAAUGGCUGUUGGCCAAGAAGGAGCACAGCACCAGCCCCAUCAACCCUUUCAAAGAUCACGUUUCGGUUCUGAAUGCGUAUUUGGCCACGAACACUGAGCCCAACUCAGAUGAACUUCUCAAGAUUUCACUUGCUGUAGGCCUUCCUCAAGAGUCUGUCAAGGACUGGUUCAGUCGGUGGAAGAAGCCGCCACCGCCUCCCGAGGACAACGGGUCAGACCCACAGCAUAUCUUGGGACACUCACCGAUGUCACUUCCUGUUGCAGAGUUGACAAACACUGAUGUAUUCCCCAGACAGUUUACAGCCGGCAGGACAGGGGAUAGGACACCGGAUGCUCUGGACCACAACAGUCCUUUGCCCCUCAACCUGUCCUCUACUCCCUCCAAACAUUCCCAGAGUAGCUCGUACACGCCAAACAGCUUUGUCUUGGACGAAGUUCAUGGCGACACCCCACUGGAUCUCUCUGUGCCAAAGCACCUGACACAUGCCUUGAUCAAGCAAACCAGACCCAACCAGUUCAGCAUGGAACCUGAAAGUGAGCCAGAUGUCCCAGGCAAGAUAUUGGGACCCGAUGCCAAGAAAGAGGUCCUGGGCUCUGAUCUCCAUCAGAUUGAAAAAAGUGCAAGUCCGAUCUUUGGGAUAAAUGCCUUUACCGCAGGUCCAGUCUACACCUCCCUGCCGGCGCACGGAGCUUUCCCUCCCCCAACGUUCAUGUCUCCCACCCAGGCCACCUACCCGGUCCUCGACUCCAUGAGCUUCCUGCCCCAGAUGGCGUACACCUAUGCUAGCAGGGUGGCCACAUUUGCUGACACGCAGCAGACGAGUAAAAAACCACAGAAAACAAGCUUCCAGGGGGUGCUGCUGGACGGGGCAGUGGACUGUCUUUCAGGUCUGGACCAGCUGACAGAUAGCGAGUUGAAGAUGAAGAAGACAGACAGCGGUAUGUACGCGUGCGACUUGUGCGACAAAACAUUCCAGAAGACCAGUUCCCUCCUAAGACACAAAUACGAGCACACAGGCAAACGUCCUCACCAGUGUCAGAUCUGCAAGAAGGCCUUCAAACACAAACAUCAUCUGAUUGAGCACUCGCGUCUGCACUCGGGGGAAAAACCCUACCAGUGCGACAAGUGUGGCAAGCGCUUCUCACACUCAGGCUCAUACUCGCAGCACAUGAACCACCGCUACUCCUACUGCAAGAGGGAGGCCGAGGAGCGCCAGGCCGCCCAGAAAGAAGCAGGGGACCCGGGCUCGGAGGUUCUGAUGAGGAGGUCCUUCCUGGAGGGCCCGAUGCCUCUUGGAUACUCAGAACCGGAGGACCUGCAGGAGGUUGGCGCCACUAUGCUGAGGGGCAGUGUGGAGGGAAGGUCAGGGCCAGAUGGACACGACGGUUCUUUUGGGGAGGAGGAGGAGGUCCAGAUGGAUUCUGCAAGCGACUCCAAUGAGGACAAAGUCCAGCGUUCCCUUGAGGGGUACACUGGCGAGAUUUUGGACCAGGAAGACUGAGUUUAAACAUUUUCCCACCAGUUGGACUUGACACCUCAACACUCGCUGUGUUCUGAAGGAUGGCGAAUUCCAGCCAGACAUCCAGUCCAGUUGACAUGAGAGCUGCAGAACCUUCCUUUUAUGUCUGCGACCUGCUAAACUCUCUCCGAGCACUUCCUGCUUUUCAGUGGUUGCCAAGCGACUCGUUCACAUCCAAGCUAAGAUAAGCUAGGCUUGGCUCAGGACAUCGAUGCUGUGUCUUGGCCUUCCGUCCACAUGCAAACGUUGCUUUUUGUCCUUAAAGGCGGAGCGCUUGGAAAAACUUUGUGGCCGUUGAAGGACACAAGCGUCACGACGUCCCGCCCAAGUCAGCCGAUGUAUCUUUUCCAGGCUUCUAAUUGGCCAAAAUGUGCGUGCCGGCUGAUGAAUGUGUUUGAAAAUGUUUUGUGUGUGCUUUUGAAAAACGCGUGUUACCCGAAAAGCCAUGUGGUGCUACAACGUUGUCUACUUCCUGUUGUUGCGUCACUCCCAAAACAUCACAAAGACAAAAAAAAAAGAAAACCUCCAUCCGGUCAGUGUUCUUGUUUGACUUUUUUAAAGGUUUUAAUUUGUGCAAAGUAACAAUGCGAUGAUAAAAAGCAAUAAACUGCAAGGAAAUAGUUGAUAUGAGUCAGCUGGGAUAGGCUCCAGCUCACCCCAAUGAGGACGAGAUGGAUGCUAGGAAGUUGUCACUCAUGUGACAUCACUUGAGAUAAUGUGCAUUUCUUCUUCCAUGAUGCCAUUUUUCUCUCCUUUGUCAUUUUCUCACGCUAUUUAUUUUGCUUUGUAGUGACUUUACGACAGUUAGCUUAGCAGCUUUGAAAAGUAAGCUUUUCUUGAUCUUUCUCAAGCUGCUGCGCCUCCCCUGAAGUUUUCUGGCUGACUUUGCCAAGUGCUGGUGUGCACGAUUGGAACGUUCAAUGAGGAGUGGAAAAUUGUUGACUUUUGCUGAGAAGCUUCUUGUAAAAAGUACAGAGAGGAAGAAGUAUUCGUACGUUUUUCAAGUAACAAAAUAAAGGUGUGCUGUUCUUUGCUUUUCUUGCACUUUUACUGUGUUGUAAAAUAACCAAACACUUCCUCGCGCCACUUUUUAUCUGUCUACUUUUAUCGAUGGCUUUUACUCGAGUGUGUUUUCGAAGUAAAGCGGAUACUUUUACUGCAGUACGUGCGCAACGAGCAUCGGCGCUACUCACUACUUUCGCUUUCGUUUGGCCAGCCAAUGAAUGUAAGUACUACGGCUUACAGUUAGAAGUACCAUGAUGCCGUGCACCAAUCACGGCUCAGAAGAAGAACGUGCAUGAUGGGUUGGUUGUGUGAGGCGGCAAUACGAACAGGAAGUUACUUUUUUAUUCAAGUUGUUUAAGUAUGAGUCAACUAGUUGGCACACACCAAACUUGUCUUCCAAACAGUGCUAGCAGUUCAUUUAGAGGAAAAGUGCACUUUUUCGCCUAUCAUCCACAGUCCUUCUGUGAGACAUGACCAUGCACAUGUCUUUCCCUUUUCUGUGCGUUCGAAAGCUAUAAAAACAGCUAGCUUGCAGGAGCGAACAAUGCACAUAACGGGACACACCUAUUUCAACUAUAAAGCCUUAAAAAAUAUGGCAACAAUGUUGUAUUUCCAUAAGUGAGCUGUAUAGACAGCAACCGACAGUGACAUUGUUAUUGUAGUCGCCAACGGCAAGAACUAUUUUUCUGGCAUAGCGACGCAGCGCCUCACGGCACUACCCGGCCGACUCGGAAACAAUGCGAUAGGACACCAGUGUGUACUGACUAGGAAACAAGAACAGGCGUAUGAACAACUAGGAAUAGACAACCAAAUGACGUGUAAUGAUAGAUCGGUAUCAGCCGAUUUCCGUGAAAAAUCAAGAGAUUGACAAAUGCCGAUAAUGUCUUUCCUAGCCGAUACCCGUGGCUAGCACUAUUGCAGCCCGCAGCGAUCCUUUUGUGCAGUGUAGUGUCUUGACCUCCCACAAAACAAUAACAAUCAUGUGUGCCGUGUGGAACUUAACUAACAACACGUGCCACGGAAACUACCUUGCGGGGGUAAGACGUUAAAAAACUUCAAUACAGCAUUUGAAGAACAAACAUUUCAUAGCAUGGUGAGUUUUGCAGGCGCAUAUUGUGAUCAUCGUUCACACGCCAGCUAACGGAGCCAUUUGGCUAGCACUCUCCCUAAUGUGCGUGACAGUCAGAAGGCUAAGCUAAUAACCUGAAAAAUAAUUGCAUUCGUUGGACGAGAUGAGCAGCCUUUCUCAGCCGUGGAAGACAGAGUCUCUGGUCACUUACCUGGAAGUUCCAGCAAUGUACUCUCACAUCCACAGUCUCCUUAAAGAAGGCGUGUCAUCCUCUGGAAGUUUCACCAUACUGACAUAUGGUCUCUUCGAAAAGUAAGUUGAAUGUUUUUGUCAAAAUGACGGUGAUUUUAUGCUUCCGUUUUUCAUAUCAUAUAGCGAGUAGCGGGGGUGCAGCCAGGAUGCUGGGUCCCAUGAAAAAAAUCACCCCUUUAUUAAUGAAUUACUAAUUUUACUAGUAAUUGCCUAUUUUUUGGGUCCCUUGGCAGUCAAGGGACCUUGGAGUUGUCCUGACAUUUCCCUUUUAUACGACACCACUGGCCAAUAGCACUCACAAUAAGUCAAUUGAACAAUGUAUAAUUAAUCCAUGUAUUCAGUAUUGUUAUCGGCCGAUUUCAGCCCUGGAUGAUCGGUAUCGGGAUCGGCAGCAUAAAACCCUGAUCGGAGCACCCUAAUGUUGAACGUAUUAGCCCACAUUCUAUGUUCUGUUUGCACACAGCUGUGUUGUGAUGUCAUGUGCUAUGUGCUCCGUGUAUCACCAUCAGUAUCAUGGUGACGGACUCCAGCUGGUCCAGCUGGUCUGGGGCGUCUUUUCCGCUCGAUUUUGGGUACGUGGAAAAAAGUUUCUAUCACUGCAGGGUUUGUUAGCGCUAACAAUUCUUCCUUGGUUGUGAUGCAGUCCCUUGAAGCAGUGUCCUCCUUGCCAAACACACCAAGCCUUUCCGUCAAUGGUAACACUGCAUCCCACUCAGUGCAGCAGAAACACUCGGUUUCUGUCGGCAUGGCUCGGCAGGCUCCACAUUUACACCACCAAGUCAUGCCGGUCCUGACUCUCUCACCCCCAUCUGCUCCGACGCUUCUUGCGGGCUCAGCUUCUAAAAUUUGUAGCUCAUCCUCCGUAUAUUCAGGCUCAAAAAGACAAGGCUCUGGAUUCUCAUUUGUCCAAAAGUAGUCGACGGCAGUAAGUCUGCCAUGAUUAGUAGUAGCCAACAGAUACACGCUUUCUAUGCUGCUGUUGUUGGUGGAAGUAGCGUUAGUUCCUAUCAAUACGCCCAGGAAAGAAGUUCUGGUAAUGUUUAAAAUAGUCAAAACAAGGCAAAAUACUGUAAGUAUGACAUGUUAUCAUGAAUGUACCUGCUACUGCAUGCUCACAGCACGGAUAUAAAACCAUAAAACCUUGUUGGAGCUUUUUUAGAGUGUGUCCCAUGAUGUGAAUUGUUCUAAAAACAGUCAUGCUAACUGUUUUUAAAUCUUUAGAACGCACAGAAACGAAAGUGCACUUUUCCUUCAAGAGAAGUGAAAGUACUUGAUUUGACAUUUCUUAUGUACUGCAGAAGAUAUAUUUGACAUGCGUGACUUAAGGCUACAUAAAUAAGUCAACACUUCACAACACGUCUUUUACUUUUUACUUGCACUUCUACUUCCCAUCCUUGGGUUUUGCUGAUCAUGGAGAACAGGCCGCAGCUACUUUAAGAUGUUUACUUCAAGGCGCUGUCCCUCUUUGGCUAGCACAUGGUACCAAACGUGGCCACAAAGAAACGAGUGUGCAAAUAAACGUUUGUCACAAUUCAAAGUUCAACUUUGUAAAACCCAAAUACGAUGAUUGGCGUCGGUGGCUCCCUGGUGGUGACGUACAUGUCCGCAGCGCGUACACGUACACAAAAGCCGUCUCACAGAAGCCACCCACCCGCAGGUCGGAGUCAUUGUGUGCUUAUGACGGGGUCAUACACUGAAUCACGGCUAAUGUGAGUAGCUAAACUUUGCCCAAUCACGUCAAACGUAACCGGCGUGUGCAUGUGUUAUGUGGGGCGUGGCUUGCAUAUUUGAAAGUCCCCCUACACAGAUGAACUCGGUGUGUAUAUUUCUACUAGUACUAACACUCACACCAGGUGUUCAUGAUAUCGUUUUAUCUUGGCUGUGCUCUCUAACCCACUCUUCAUCAUACAAUGUCAAGUCACAUUGCUUUGUUUAUUUGCUUAUUCUUGUUUGUUUAUGUCAAUGUGAUAUGGACUAAAGUCAGUAAUCCUGUAUACUCAUAUUUAUUGGAUCUUGCUCAUCGAUCUCCUACAUUAUUUUUAUGAUAUCAACUCAUGUCUUUUCAUCUAUUCAUUUAUGUAUAUCGCUGAACAAGCUAUCAAACAUUUUCUUCCAGCUUAUAAAAGUGGUAAAGUGGAACAUGAUGUACUGCUGUGUCCCAAAUAAACCCUCCCGUUACCAUACUUGCCGUAUUAUACAAUACUUGCAUUUUAUUGACAAACCCAGGCAGACAUAAACACCAAAUACAGCGAUGGUCAUGGCUUCGUUUUAUUUGAACAUGCAUACAAGUUACAAUGGUAUACAUCACGUAGUACAAUUCACAGUUCCAAAGUCCAAAAGGAGUAGGAAGAAGCCGAGCUUAUUUAAUUCUACCCCCCGCAUCCGUUUCACAUCUGUUUUUCAUCUAUCAUGAUCCCCCAAAAUGUAUUUUCGUUCACCCUUUCAAUGUCUACUUCGUCUAUUUGUAUUUGGUCGUACGUGUCCUUCCUGCUAUUACCAAUAGCAUUAUUUUAGAUUUACUUGGGUUCGAGGAUAAUCUGUUUUUAUCAAACCGUCUUUUUAAUAUGGCCAAUUCAUCUGUGACUUUAUUAAUUAGCUCUUGUGUGCUUUCCCCAGGUCAAAAGGCAGUAGUAUCAUCCGCAAAUAACACCAACUUUAAGUCUUUUAUCACUUUGCAGAUGUGACUGAUAUUCAAGUUGAACAGUUUGGUCCCAGUGUUGACCCCUGGGGUACUCCACACAUCAUAUUUAAACAUGCAGAUGUGUGUUCUCCUAGCUUCACAUAUUGCUUCCUGUUAGCUAGCUAGCUAUUGACCCAAUUCAA